AUGAGGAAAGGGCUGCGAAGUAAUCAUCGCCGGAACGAACUAAUACCGGUAAGCAAAACCCGCUUCUCACAGCCCCUGUUCUUUUUCGACCUAGCCAAAUUUCAUACUAGCGAUGGAAAAUCUAGCAAAAUUCCUCUUGUGAAUCACUCUCACCGCCCAUCUCCAUGGAGCUACAGAGGGUGCAAGCCUUCUGCGCAUCCAUUUCUACGUGCGCUCUGUGGAGUUGUGCUUAUCCCAAAUAUGGCAACUGCAUUUGUAGCGUGUCCUGUGCCCCGAGGGUUGUCCGUGAACUUUGGCCACUGCGAAGGCAGGGCGAUGGUCAAACGCACGCGGCGGUUUCGUUUUGUUCCCUCGAAGACAUCGAUCCAAAAGUGCCCCACAGUCAUAUCUGCGAAGCAAAGUACAUGUGUGCGAUGCGGAGAGACUUUCACGUCUCAUGAAAACUUUCCGGGAAGCUGUCGCUAUCACGGAGACAUAAUGGGAAAUCCACAGCCCCUAAAUCUCUACGAAGGUAUGUAGGAUGCUGUUCCUUGGCAUAAUAUCAAACGCAUUAGACCAGCGGGUUACUGACCGCAGUUUGUUGCUCCAUUGCAGACCACCACUUCGAUGAUCCGGCUCUCGACCAUGUUAAGGGCCCGAGGUAUGGCAGAAGAUGGGCAUGUUGCCAAGACACAGACCCUGGUGCCCCUCCGUGCAAGAGUGGGGUCCAUGUGACGUACGAUUGCCCUCCGGAGCGAUGGACUGAGGCGCUCAAGUUUGAAGUGCAGUAGCAGUGAGCAAAUGGGUUGCUUCUUCUGAAAGCAGAAGUUGCUCAGAACACGAGGUGCUUGUGCUCACUCGGCCGCGAAGGUCGCCUUGGUCUGGCAAUAGCUCCCAAUGAAUAGGUUACGUGUGAUCUUCGGUGAGUGGUGACAUGCAGAGUGAUAAUAGAGCAGCCAUCUCAAGAUGUGUGGACGUGGAAGCAUGAAUGAUUGCCAUGCUGCAAUUGAAUCAGGAAGUCCCGGACCGUCGUCUACGAACGUUUUAAACGCGGAGUCUCACACCAGCGGGAGGGGGUAAGGUUUUCUCUCUCUUUCUAGUAUCUUUUCUAUCCACUGGAGGUGUUUCUUUUGUGAAUCUUGCCCUUGCAAAUCGCAAACAUCAGUAUUUAAGCCAAGGCACAUCUAAGUCUGCAGCUGAACCUCACGAGGGUUUAAGUUAAUGCACAGUAUGCGGUCAAAUGUACUCUGAAUAUAUCUCGGGAGGUGUUCGUGGAAGAAUUACGGUUGGUGCGAUGUGGGGACUAAGCGUUUUGUUUCCAUAGUUUGACUAGGUGCACGGUGGACGGGUACCUUUCGCAAGCUGUCGUACUGGAAAAAUUAAAACACUGGUGAGCAGAUAUAUCUU